AUGUCGGGUAAGCAAGGGAGGGCGACGACUUCAAAAAUUACAGGGGAAAAGAAAGCACUCAGCAGUCCGUAUCGACGGAAGGACGGCUUAUGGGCAACUCCUCUUGAGCGGGAGGCACAGCAGGCCAAUGAUGGUGUCCAUUGGAGUGAGGGAAAGAAAAUCGCUCCCGACAAAAACAGCCAUUCUGGAUCCCAUAAGCUGCAGAUCAAAUGGGUCAAAUUCAGACCUGUUGCACGGUGUGUCACCUCUUCUGUCGGCACUUGCACAUUGCAGAAGGAAACAAUCAAACCAGUUGGUGACCGCCCAAGCGGCUGUUUGGUCGUGUUGACGAGGCUGGUCCAUGUCCGUAACCGGGUUUCGGGCGCUCACCGGCGUUUUCUGUCCCAUGAGUGUUGA